AUGUCUACCUCAGGAGAAAGAUUUCUUUUUACUUCGGAAUCAGUUGGUGAAGGUCACCCAGAUAAGAUUUGUGAUCAAGUGUCUGAUGCUAUUUUGGAUGCUUGUUUAGCUGCUGACCCAUUGUCCAAGGUUGCUUGUGAAACUGCUGCCAAGACUGGUAUGAUUAUGGUUUUUGGUGAAAUCACCACCAAAGCUACUUUGGAUUACCAGAAAAUCAUUAGAGACACCAUCAAGCACAUUGGUUACGACCAUUCAGAAAAGGGUUUUGACCACAACACCUGUAAUGUCUUGGUUGCUAUUGAACAACAAUCUCCGGAUAUUGCUCAAGGUUUGCACUACGAAAAAGCAUUGGAAGAAUUGGGUGCUGGUGAUCAAGGUAUUAUGUUUGGUUACGCUACCGAUGAAACUGAUGAGAAAUUGCCAUUAACCAUUUUGUUAGCUCACAAAUUGAAUGCUGAAUUGGCUUCUGCCAGAAGAUCAGGUGCUUUGCCAUGGUUGAGACCUGACACUAAGACUCAAGUCACCGUUGAAUAUGAAAAAGAUGGUGGAGCUGUUAUCCCAAAAAGAGUUGACACUGUCGUCAUCUCUACCCAACAUUCAGAUGACAUUUCAACCGAAGACUUGAGAAAGGAAAUUCAAGAACACAUCAUCAAAAAGGUUAUUCCAAGCAACUUGUUGGAUGACAAGACUAUCUACCAUAUUCAACCAUCAGGUAGAUUUGUCAUUGGUGGUCCACAGGGUGAUGCUGGUUUGACUGGAAGAAAGAUUAUUGUUGACACCUAUGGUGGAUGGGGAGCCCACGGUGGUGGUGCUUUCUCUGGAAAAGAUUUCUCCAAGGUUGACAGAUCUGCUGCUUACGCUGCCAGAUGGGUUGCCAAAUCAUUGGUUAACGCCAAGUUGGCUAGAAGAGCAUUGGUUCAAUUUUCAUAUGCAAUUGGUGUUGCUGAGCCAUUGUCCAUCUACGUUGACACUUAUGGUACCUCCAAAUACUCAUCUGACGAAUUGGUACAAAUUAUCAAAAAGAACUUUGAUUUAAGACCAGGUGUUAUCGUCAAGGAGUUGGAUUUGGCUAGACCAAUCUACUUCAAAACUGCAUCAUAUGGACAUUUCACCAACCAAGAAAAUCCAUGGGAACAACCUAAAAAAUUGAAAUUUUAA